AUGUCCCAAUACAAGUACGAAUACCUCGUGACCGUGCCCGACGUGCCCAACGCGCCCGAGAAGCGCCUGGCCGCGCGCCCCACGCACCUCGCCAACCUGAAGCCGCGCAUCGAGUCCGGCCAAAUCGUCUUCGGCGGCGCCACGCUCGCGCAGCAGCCCGCCGACGGAGGCGCCCCGGAGAUGACGGGCAGUGUGAUGCUCAUCAAGGCGAAUAGCGAGCAGGAGGUCAGGGAGCUGAUUGAGGGGGAUGAGUAUGCGAAGGCUGGGGCCUGGGAUGUGGGGAAGGCGACUAUCACGGCGUUUCGGUGUGCGGUGCGGACGGCGAUGUGA